AUGUCUACAUCACUGACGAUCCUUCUGCUCUCAUCUUCACCUGCGAACAGCAACCGUGCCCUAAUCGCACGCCCCGAUCGAUUGAGCAAGAUUAUGAGCGAUACAAGGCCAUCCGAAGGGCCCAACACCCGCUUGGCCCCCGCAGUACCCACGCAUCCCGAUCCGCGUCUCAACACUCAUGUGCUGUCUCUCCCAGCUCCCGCCUCCCUCAAACUGUCGCCAGUACAAGUCAAGCAGGAGGAGAUCCCAAUCUCCCUGCAGACACUGCGCCAGAGCCAGAGUCUGAAGAGAGUCGGACAGUCACAACCACCGCCUCCGCCCCCGGGCCAUCCUCCGUCCCCCCCGCCGCCGAUAAUGUCCUCACCAGCGUCCCCUCCUGAUAAGGAGACCCUGAAGCACCUCCUCCCGCUCUGCUAUGACGGGAAGACGGUGAUCGAGUGCAACCGCUUCAUCUCGCAGUUGCUCAUCUAUUGGGCGGUCAACACGACCCUCUCCACCAUCAAGCUAAAGAUUCAGGUUGCCCUUAGCCUCCUCGAUGACGAUGCUCGGACCUGGGCCACCCCGAUCUUUGCCCAGCUCGCAGCUGUCCAGAUCAAGAUCCAAGGAGCGAAAACUCCCUUUGCCGACGAAGCGGCCUUCCUCACGGUGUUCAAAGCCCACUUUGGUAAUCUCGAUGACACCGCCGCGGCACAAGUGGAGCUCACCAAGCUCUGCACCGACAAAUCCCUGCACGAGAAGCGCACCACCGCGGAAUUCUCCGCACUGUUCAAGGGUUCAGUGGACCAUUCCGGCGGCAUCCCCUCCCAUGUAUACCGCAAAAUUGAGCUCAAGACAUUCACCACGUGGGAAGACACUGACAAGCGUGCCACGGAAGUUGAGCAGAUACUCGACAUCAGCUGGGCCCAUCGACCCAAACUAAACAGCUUCUUCUCGGCUCGAGGAGGUGGACACGGCAGAGCACGUGGUGGUGCACCUCGAUCGCAAGGUGCUUCAGCCAGCAUCAAUGUGGCCGUCGGAAAAGGAGACUUCCCCGGUGAGUGCUUUGGCUGUGGGAAAAGGGGGUACCGACACUUCGAGUGCCCCAAUUGUAAGGACAAGCCUUACACAAAAAGUGCCGACGCGCGGGCUACGGUUGCCUCGGGUUCCACCCAGGCUGCGACAAGCGCCCCCGUCGCUUCACCCUCGGCAAGUACAAGUGCCACUUCAGUGAAUACCGAGCUGGCGGACUUGAUGGCACAGGUGAAGUUGAUGCGCGAGGAGUUGAAGCACUAUCGAGUGCUCAAAGAGGAGUCUUUUUGA